AUGUCUCUCAUCGCACAUCCAUCUCUCGCUUCGCCGCAUCAUCAAUCGUCUCGCGCUGAUAUUGCUGCUCGCAGCGUCACGAACGAUAGAUUUCGUUCCUCUCUCUUCGCAUCGGUGUCGUCGAAUCAUCGACAAAGACUCCCUUCUAAAAGUUCUUCUUCGUAUUCUUCCGCUUGCAAAUCCCCUAACGACCACCAAUCGCAGAACCAAAGCGGAGGAGGUGAACGACAACGACGUCAUCGACGAGACGUGGUACUACUUCCAACAUUUACUGCUUUAGUACUCGCAACAUCAUCAUCAGAAAAUGCCGCGCACGCGAUGCUGGUGGACGAAUCCAAAUCGAUCAGUGCUGCUUCAACGAUUUUGGAAUCUUUAGUGAGCGUUUUCAACGGCGAAACGGGACUUCUCGUCUCCUCUGGUUUCGUGUGGUCAAUCGCCGCAAACGACAAUAAUUGGUACGUAGCCACGACGGCGACGGAUUUGUCAAAGAAUAGCAAGAGUUUACAAGUUGAGUUUGCGGAUGGACGCGAGUAUGCCGCGACGGUGGCGUUUAGCGACAUCGAUACGAAUAUCGCUUUCCUGAGAGUGAAUAAAGUCGAGGGAAACAACGCCGGCGCUCCGCCGCCGAAAGCGGCUAAGAUUGGCCGUUCGGGAAAUUUGAAAGUCGGGCAGGAUGCUUUGGCGGCAUUUAAGGAGUCUUCCAGAAGAGGUGGUGGAGAUAUCGGGAAUUCAGUAAUUCGUUCUGGAAUUGUAUCGGGGUUGAAUAGAACAGUGCCUUCCGCGACUGGUCGCCCGUUGCGGAAUUGUAUUCAAACGACGGCUUCUUUUCCAAACGAAGGUGGCGGCGGUGUGCUGGUCGAUUCUGGUGGCGCCGUGAUUGGUAUAUUGGCGCCAACGUAUACGGGAAAGUCGGGAGUGAGUGCGGGAACGAAUAACGGUAUAUUCUUCGCGGUUGGCGUUGAUUCCUACGUAUUAAUUUCUCAAAAGCUUUCGGCAGCAAGAUGA